GUUUUUUAUUUGAUUCGAGGUUGAAUUAAUGGACAAUCAUUAAACCGAAAUCGCUUGCGAUUUGUCAUAAAUAAUUUAUUAUUUUCGUUGCUAAAGAAACUGAUUCUUUCAUAGAUUUGAAUUAAUUUUUAUAAUCAUGUCCAAACCAAAUGUUCACACCUGCGACUUGAAACAAGACACUUUCGGUUUGCCCAAACUGCCUCCGAACGCUUCCUGCCACCGACGUUUCACUCGGAGGGUUCGAAAAUGUCUCACGUUGAAUCCGAACUCCACCAGCUCCAAGAGGUUCUUCAGGAACCGCUCAACGAUGAUAGCGGAGCAACGCAGGCAUUUGCGCGGUCCCUCUUUUAUCAUACAUCCUUUCAGCACCUUCAACAGGAUACGAGAAGCUGUAUUUUGCCUUUUGUGGACCAUCGAAAUGAUCGUUUCGCCGUUUUAUAUGAGUUUUGUUCACGUGGAAACGAUCUACUACAGAAGAACCCACAAAGAUACCGCCUACGAGCAAGACAAAUUUUUCACUAUCUACAAAAACUUCUUGUCGCCUUUGGAAGGCGUCCUCACGAUCAUGUUCUUUGUAACCGGCUACGUGAACAAAGGUACCAAAGAAAUUGUGAUCGAACCUACGAAAAUUUGGAAAAACUACCUGACCACCUACUACAGUAUCGAUUUGUUGAUGAAUUUGAAAUUCGGCAUUUACACCGAGAUCACUCGCAACUUGUACCUUGUGAACAUGAUUUGCAUGUUACGAGCUGGUACCGUACUAACUUAUCUAAAAGAAAUGGUCCUCAAUUUCAAAAUGCGCGAAGAAGUCCACGAUUGCUUGCGCCUCUUUAUGAUCACUUUGAUAAUCCUCAACAGUUACACGUGCUUCUACUAUUACAUCCCGUGGCUAUGUGGCGACGAAGAUUUUCCCGAACAUUCUUGGGCGGUGAGAGCGAACAUCGCCCCCGAGAGUGGAGUGGCCAAAUCCAAAGCCUACAUGGAAUCGUUGGAGUGCAUCGUGGUUCACUUCUUCGGCGCCGGAGAAGGCUUGCACGGCACUGUUUUGGAGGAUCGCCUACAAAAAUUCAUGCUUGUCAUCGUGAUGAUCAGCGGCAGGAUGUGGACUUUGUACGUGAUCGCUUGCGUAUUGAAAAUCUUCAGUGUGGUUACUAUUUCCGAAAGUAAAUACGAAGAGUAUUUGUUGCAAUUGGAGGUUUUUAUGAGACAGAAACGCUUGCCGCAAGUUUUGCGUAGUAGAUUGUUGGAGUAUUACCGGUACAAGUAUCAGAAUCAUUUUUUCAACGAGCAAGCCAUCUUUUCUACUCUUUCUUCGUAUUUGAGGCAAGAGCUGAUGCUGUACGGAGCCAGGAAGCUGAUCGCUAAGGUGGAGUUGUUCAAGGCGUUGCCUAGAAGCGUGGUGGGAGCCAUUAUCAGUAAUACGAGGCAGAUUGUUUAUUUGCCGACCGAUGUUAUUGCUAAAGCUGAAAAGAAUAAUUUGAAGGUGAUAUUGCUGAACAUAUCUAUUUUAUCUCGUCCGGAACUGUUGCUCUGACCACCGAAGAAGACGAGGAACUGGUUCACUUGGAAGACGGUGAUGAAAUCGGCCUUAUCGGUGCUUUUACUCCUCAAAGUUACUCUUACCAGUUCAAUUAUCAUGCCAUCGAAACUACCGAAAUAUAUUCCAUAAGCAAAAAGGACUUCAGAAAUCUCAUUUUCGAUCAUGACGAUUUGCUCAAGUAUUUUUCCAAGAAGGUGCAAGAGAAAAUCGACAAUUACAAGAACGUGGAAAAGGCGUACAAGUCGCACGGUCUGGAUAUAAUGAGCGAAUUGACCAGCGGCAAGAUUUUGGAACGGGCCAAAAAUAGACCGACGCAUUUUGACACCUAAUUUUAAUUUGUUGUUUUUUAUAGUUUGAUUAAAUUGGGUUAUUAUUUACUGUUA